CUUUUGGUCUUCUUUUUCCCCCUUCCCUGCUUAUCCUGAAAAGGAUUUGAAGACAGCUUGAAGGAUAAAAAGCCUUGGUGCUUCCCAGGAGCCGAGCCGAGGAGCAGAAGAGGAAGAGCCGGGGGCUGCCGUUGCCUUUGGAGAUGGACGAGCAGCCCAGGCUGAUGCAUUCCCAUGCUGGGGUCGGGAUGGCCGGACACCCCGGCCUGUCCCAGCACUUACAGGAUGGGGCCGGAGGGACCGAGGGGGAGGGCGGGAGGAAGCAGGACAUUGGAGACAUUUUACAGCAAAUUAUGACCAUCACAGACCAGAGUUUGGAUGAGGCGCAGGCCAGAAAACAUGCUUUAAACUGCCACAGAAUGAAGCCUGCCUUGUUUAAUGUGUUGUGUGAAAUCAAAGAGAAAACAGUUUUGAGUAUCCGAGGAGCCCAGGAAGAAGAGCCGACAGACCCCCAGCUGAUGCGGCUGGACAACAUGCUGUUAGCAGAAGGGGUCGCUGGCCCCGAGAAGGGCGGAGGAUCUGCAGCUGCAGCCGCGGCGGCGGCAGCUUCCGGAGGAGCAGGUUCAGACAACUCAGUGGAGCAUUCCGAUUACAGAGCCAAACUCUCACAGAUCAGACAAAUCUACCACACAGAGCUGGAGAAAUAUGAGCAGGCAUGCAAUGAGUUCACCACCCAUGUGAUGAAUCUCCUGCGAGAGCAAAGCCGGACCAGGCCCAUCUCCCCAAAGGAGAUCGAGCGGAUGGUCAGUAUCAUCCACCGCAAGUUCAGCUCCAUCCAGAUGCAACUCAAGCAGAGCACGUGUGAGGCUGUCAUGAUCCUGCGUUCCCGGUUCCUGGAUGCACGGCGGAAGAGGCGGAAUUUCAACAAGCAAGCUACAGAAAUCCUGAAUGAAUAUUUCUAUUCCCAUCUCAGCAACCCUUACCCCAGUGAGGAAGCCAAAGAGGAGUUAGCCAAGAAGUGUGGCAUCACAGUCUCCCAGGUAUCAAACUGGUUUGGAAAUAAGCGAAUCCGGUACAAGAAGAACAUAGGUAAAUUUCAAGAGGAAGCCAAUAUUUAUGCUGCCAAAACGGCUGUCACUGCUACCAAUGUGUCAGCCCAUGGAAGCCAAGCUAAUUCACCCUCAACUCCCAACUCAGCUGGUUCUUCCAGUUCUUUUAACAUGUCAAACUCUGGAGAUUUGUUCAUGAGCGUGCAGUCACUCAAUGGGGAUUCUUACCAAGGGGCCCAGGUUGGAGCCAACGUGCAAUCACAGGUGGAUACCCUUCGCCAUGUUAUCAGCCAGACAGGAGGAUACAGUGACGGACUCGCAGCCAGUCAGAUGUACAGUCCGCAGGGCAUCAGUGCUAAUGGAGGUUGGCAGGAUGCUACUACCCCUUCAUCAGUGACCUCCCCUACAGAAGGCCCUGGCAGUGUUCACUCUGAUACCUCCAACUGAUCUCCCCGCAAUCGCAUCCCGGCUGACCCUGUGCCCCAGUCGGGGCAGGGGCAGGAGGGAGGGUUUCUCUCCCAACGCUGAAGCGGUCAGACUGGAGGUCGAAGCAAUCAGCAAACACAAUAAGAGUCUCCUUCUCUUCUCUUCUUUGGGAUGCUAUUUCAGCCAAUCUGGACACUUCUUUAUACUCUCUUCCUCCCUUUUUUUUUUUUUUUCUGGGUAGAAGCCACCCUUCCCCUGCCUCCAGCUCUCAGCUUGGUUUUGACAUCUCCCGGCCCCUUCCCUAUGUCUUAGACUUCCUGGGUCCCUGCCCUCUAUUACGUAAUGGAAGGAUAUUUUCAACAAUUAGAGGAAUUUAAAGAGGAAAAACAAUGACAAAGAAAAUAAUAAAAGUGUUUGUAUGUUUU